AUGACAGAGCUUGAACAAUUCCUUGAAACAGGCACGGAUCUUACACAAAGGGCAACACCAGACAGCUUUAGAAUGAGAUUGAUGCUUAUGACACAUGAAUUCCUGUUAUUGCUAUUGAAAGCCAAAUUAACUUUUGAUCCAGAUGAAGAAGAUCUAAAUGGAAUUCUGGUUGAAGGCUACCAAUGGGUAAUAAAUAUUUGGAGAACUAUUCCAAUGAAGACAUUUACCUUGAACAAUGUUCUGAAAAGAACAACACAUACUGGAGCCUCAACUGAAAUCCCAUCAAUUGAAGAUACACUGAUUUCAAGGAUUGCUAUUUGUAAUUUCUUCAAUAGAAGCCAACAUCAAUUCCUGGCUUACAUAAUUCUUAAGUGGAUGCAGCAAUUCAGACCAAGAUGGUUCAAAACUGCCGAAAAAACAAUCAAAUGUUUACCCAAGGAACUACCAGCAUAUAAACCUAAGUAUCCUCUGGCUCAGAAGUUACUUUCUCAUCUCAAUAGAACAGUCCUUGGUAUGAAGAUUGAUGCAUAA